UAGGGCAGGCUAAUGUCUAUCCCCCUCUAUGGAUAGGCACGUACUCUCAAUGUCAGCUUCAACUGUCUUUGAGCAAGAUUGAUAGACUCAAUAUCAAUGAGCAAAGUCCAGACAUGGAUAACUCAAUAAUGCACAAUUCAUGACAAACAUCGAUACAAUAGUUAUGGGUACAAGCAUUUUUCCCAGUCGAGAAGGCAGUGUCAUUUGAUAAGGGAGUGAGGGGAACCGAUAAGAAAUGCCAUUGCGCCGCUUAAAGAUCUGUCGUUUCAUCAUUCCAAGGUACAUAGCCGUGCUUGAUAGACCUGGAAAAGCGUAUCUUUUUUGCAUUUUUACAUUUCUUAAAAUCUAUACAGCAUUGAGCCGAGAUUCCAGAGCAUACUAUUUUUAAUUCGAAUCGCCCCUUUCCUAGAACAACAAUGCCUUCUCCGCUGCGAAUCGCGGUCCUCGAAUGCGACGCCCCUCCAGCCGAUUCAAAUGCAAGAUACGGCGGAUAUCAUGGCGUCUUUUCGCUGCUGCUCAAAGAAAGUGCGAGAGCCCUCGGGCAGCGAGAGAGACUAGACCCAGAGACUGGCCUCGAUAUUUCCCGCUGGGAUGUCGUAUAUGCACAAGAGUACCCCAGAUUAGAGGAUGUCGACGCAAUCCUCUUGACCGGAUCUAAGUACAACUCCUUUGACGACGACCCCUGGAUUCUGAAGUUGGUCGAAUACACAAAACGGGCUAUAGACGAUCAGCGUGUAAAGAUUCUGGGAGUCUGCUAUGGGCAUCAGAUCAUCGGACGUGCGCUCGGGUCCAAAGUCGGCCGAAGUGACGCAGGAUGGGAGGUUGCAGUAUGCGACGUGGAUCUGUCAGAGGAGGGAAAGAAGUUGUUCGGAAAGGAUAAGCUGCACAUCCAACAAAUGCAUCGCGACAUCGUAUUCGACUACCCACCGAACGUCGUUCCACUUGGGUCUUCCCCUCGCUGCGCCAUACAGGGGAUGUAUAGGCCCGGGCAUUUUAUCACUGUCCAGGGUCACCCGGAAUUUAGAGAAGAUAUUGUGUCGGAGGUUGUCAAGUUACGGACGUCAACAGGCAUCUUCUCCAAAGAACAAGGAGAGGAUGCACUGAGUCGAGCAGGGAAGGAUCAUGAUGGCGUUGCCAUUGGCGUUGCUUUCCUGAAGUUCUUGCUUGGAGACAUUCAAUAGAUCUGGUGGUGUGAGUAGCUGUACGCAAAGUUGAGCAUGUCAAAGAU